GUCUUUAGCUUCAGCUUGAUACUCAAAGCUGUCUUAUUUGUUGCUUUUCAAACAUGUCAUAUUAACUUUCUUUUUUCCCCAUAUUUUCUUUUCUUUUUAUGUCACAAUAACCAAAGAUCUCUGUUAUCAUUUUCGUGCUGUCAACUCUAAUUCCUUCUAAUUUCGCCUCGCCACAAUGGAAACAAUCAAACCCAAAUUAGCUUUAAGAAACAACAACAACCAGAGCAGGCUAGCAAGAACUUUCCAGAGAGUCAUCAAUCUUAGAAGCGCUAAGAAAAUUGUUUCGAGCAAUGGGGUUGGGAUCUGCGUUCUCACUGCUUCCCAGCACAAACUCCCACACCAAGCUUCAAGCAAUGAGGACUAUUCCAAGGCUAAGCAAAAAGCAGUCAUGGAAGCGCUGCUCGCCAAGGUUUUCGCCGGUGUUACUUCCAUCAAAGUUGCUUACGCUGAGCUGCAAAUGGCUCAGCACCCUUACAACAGUGAGGCUAUUCAAGCUUCUGACCAAGCUGUUGUGGAAGAGCUCCGAGCUCUUUCGGAGCUAAAGGGCAAGUUUUUGAAGAAAGAGCUUGAUCUUUCACCUCAAGUUACUUUGAUGCUUGCUGAGAUUCAAGAACAACAAAGCUUGAUGAGGACUUACGAAAUCACCAUCAAAAAGCUGCAAUCCGAUGUUGAAGAGAAAAGUUUCGACAUUUGUUUGCUUCACAAGCGGCUUCAAGAUUGCACUGCCUUUAACAAGUCCUUGGAAACGAAAUUAAACGCCAAAUCGCCUUUGUCGAUGUUUGAUGAUAUUCAGUUUACCAAGUUGAACCCGGGUCAUUUUGUGCAAGUUUUACACUUCUCUUUGAGAUCUGCACGGGGUUUUGUGAAGAUGAUGGUCAAGGAAAUGGAGUCGGCAAAAUGGGAUCUCGGAGCAGCUGCAGAAACCAUUGAAUCUGUAGCUGUUUUCGCAAAAGAAAGCCAUAGGUGCUUUGCAUUUGAUUCUUUCGUGUGUAAAACAAUGUUGGAAGGCUUCAACUCCCAAGAUUUUGGGCUCUCAACAGAUUCUCCCACAAAAAGACUCGACCCCGAGCAGUAUUUCAACGCAUUCAAGAACAUGAAAUCUGCUCACCCAAAAUCGUUUUUAGUUCAAAACCCAAACUCUUGUGUUGCUAGAUUCAUCAGAACCAAGUACCUCAACCUUGUACAUGCCAAAAUGGAGUGUUCAUUUUUUGGGAACUUGAACCAAAGGAAGCUAGUAACCUCUGGUGGGUUCCCGGAUACAGCUUUUUUCACGGCUUUCGCAGAGAUGUCUAGGCGUUUUUGGCUCUUGCAUUGCUUGGGAUUCUCAAUGCAUCAACAAGUUUCCAUCUUUCAGGUGAAAAAAUAUUGUGGCUUCUCUGAGGUUUACAUGGAAAACGUGAGUGAUGAAUCACUCCUAUCGGGUGAAAUCAACGGUGCAAAUGCUGAUGUUAGAGUCGGUUUCACGGUGGUUCCAGGGUUCAAAAUUGGUGCUACUGUGAUUCAAAGUCAAGUUUAUUUGUCCCCGGUGAUCACUCCGCCGGUCAGCCGUUAAUUUGUCCGUCUCUUUUGGAUAUUUAAUAUAUUCCGUCUUCUGCAUUAAUAGAUGGAACGUGUUAAAGCUAAGCCAUCCACGCUCGUUUUGGUUCAUGCGCCGUCAAGGUGAAGGAGCGGAGUGCCAUUUUCAAGUGGGUGUUUGUGGGUUUAAGUUCAGCUUCCACUUUAGAAGUGUGCCGUUGUCCCCAUAUAAUGGGAAGGACAGCGGAGCAUGGGGUGGCGCGUCAGUUCUUGUCCGUGGAUUGAUAGUGGGUGGUAGCAGCAGCAAGUAUCUGAACCUAUACCCAAAAGAGCAAGAGGAGGUGCAGUUUAGGUUAUGGGGUAGAGCAGUUUUUCUUUUCGUUUUAAAGUUUAGUUUUAUGAUAGAGAAAGAAGAAAA